CGCAUACCGACAAUCGACACUGCUUAUUUCACCGCUCGCCGUCGUUGCACGCGCACGCCGCGACUUCGCUCUCGCAUUUGACGGCCACGCGUUGUUUACAACAGUCGAGUGUAAUAACAGUGAUAAUAAAAAUGCCGUUUUUUAUUCUAUUACUUUUAAUUGUACUGUGUUUAGUGUUACUGUUGACAGUUCUUCAUUACACGACGAAUGGAAGAAAGUAUUGGUUUUUAAGAAAUGUGCCUUAUAAAGAACCGUGUCCCAUAUUCGGAAAUUUUGGCGCAACUCUAACAAUGAGACGCAGCUAUACAAGCAUGUUACAAUAUUUUUAUGAUUUCUAUAAGAAUGAGAAAUAUGUUGGCAUUUUUCAAGCACGGAGACCCACGCUCUUCUUGAUAGAUAUAGAUAUUGUAAAAAGUGUGCUAUCGAAAGAGUUCCAGAGCUUUAGCGAUCGUAUAUCGGUAUCAACAGACACCAAAAGAGAACCCCUACUCAGAAAUUUGGCAAAUAUGAGUGGAGCUGAAUGGAAAGCGAUGAGACAUAUAGUGACUCCCUCAUUUUCGUCUGCAAAAAUGAAAGCUAUGUUCCCAUUGAUUGCGGAAUGCGCAAAUGGUUUCCAGGGAGCACUGAACCUGGAACCAACGGACGAAAUCAAUGUCCCACAAUUAAUGAGCCGGUUCACCACCGAUGUGAUAGGCAGUUGUGCAUUCGGCGUGGACCCUGGAUCGAUGAAGAAUCCCGAAUCGCCAUUUUUAGUUAUGUCGCAGAAAAUGUUUAAGACAGACCGCUCCACUAUACUCAAAAGAUACUGUCGAACAUUUUUUCCAUGGCUAUUUAGGUUUUUGAAUCUCAAGACAUAUCCGCUAGACGUUGAAGUGUUUUUUACUGAUAUCAUCAAUCAGGUGUUGACAACCAGACGCACCACGGGAGUUCAGAGGCAUGACUUUUUGCAGCUGAUGUUAAACGUACAAAAAACAGAGAAAGAAUUUUGUAUGACGGAUGAACUGAUAACGUCCAAUUCUUUUAUCUUCAUGCUCGCUGGAUUGGAAACAUCUGCCACCACGUUAUCGUUUUGUUUGUAUGAGCUGUCUAAAGAUUUCGAUUUGCAGACUAAAUUGAGGGCUGAGAUUAGAGAAUGCUUGGAAAGGUGUAAUGGAUUGAAUUAUGAUGCAGUUUGUGCGAUGCGGCUGGUGAACCAAACUGUGAUGGAGACUUUGAGAAUGUACCCACCCACUCCUCUCACAACGAGACUGUGUACGACUCCUUGCACUUUGGAAGGAACGGAGCUUAGUUUUAAGAAGAGAGAUGCAGUACUCAUUCCUUUGUAUUGUAUACAGAGGGACGCUAGAUAUUUCCCGGAACCGGAUAAAUUCAAUCCAGAACGUUUUAGCGAAGGUUCAAAUCCUCAAGCGUUUUUAGCGUUUGGUGAUGGACCGAGAAGUUGUCCUGGCGCUCGCUUCGGUCAACUUACAGUUGUAGCCGGUCUCACGGGAAUUCUCAGUAACUUCGUUGUUGAACCAUGUUCUAAAACCACACCCACUAUUCAAUUUGAUCCGCGUAGCGUUAUGCUCAAAAACAAAGGUGGCAUAUGGUUAAGAUUUAAACCAAUAUGAUGUAUACGGAGUGCCAUGCCUUUACAGUAUUGUAGAAUUUAGCUGAAUUUGAGCUGUUUUUUGUAUUUACAGCUGCUUAUAAAAUUGUAUCGAAAAUUUUGCAGCGUUGUACUGUUUUUUGUAAAUAGGCGGUUUUGACUGACUCAUGUUUUGACGUGUAUGAUAAUUGUGUAAUUAACUUUAUUAUGUAUUUGUAAUUUAAAUAUCGCACUGCUGAUAAAAAUACAUUUAAACAUAAAAUCAAUUAUUAUUUUUAUAAAUAUUUUUUUUUAUUUAAUAUAAAUAUAUCAAAUAUAAGUUUUAUAUUGCUUCAGAGAUUAGUGUGAUCCGCGCCUCGUUUUUGCCGGGACUCUGACCGUCUUUCAAUAAAGUCUCUGUGCCUUAAUACUUAUUUGUUAAUGUACUUAGGCACAAAUAGCAAUUGAAUAUUCUUCAUAAAUUUGUGUACGUAAUUUGGAUUUUCCGGGUAAUAUUUUAUUACUAAGAUUGCAACAUAAUUAUUGAGAUCGCGUAUUGUUACCACGAUAAUAUAAGUGCGUGCUCCUAUUUCACCAUCACUCCUGUUGAUAAAGGACAAAUCUUUGUUUUUAAUUUAUUAUUAUUAAUUAACUAUUCAAUACAUAAGACGGAACAUGGUGUAGUGGUUGCAGCUCCUUACAAACAUUGUGUAAAACAAAAAACUUCGCAAUUAAAAAGUGGUGGAUAGUUUAUUGCCAGUUCUUCUCUCCCGUUCUCCGCACUUGAUUUGGGAACUGGCACUAAAUGUAAAAAUAGAAGCAUUUAAUUUAUAUUGCUUUUCGACGUUCAUGAGAGUACAUUGUUUUACCUAAAUAUUUGAAUAAAUAAUUAUUAAUUUUGAACUUAGGUUCGAAAAAAUACGUGUCAAAUUUCGAAUAUAUUUUAGUAAAUUUAAACUUAAUUAGAAAAUAAAUAUUAGAUUAUUUUUUCUUAUGAAUGAACUUUAUUAUUAAUUGAGUCAAACAAGAAAACAGAAUGUUUAUUCAACGUUAUUUGCUUUACAAAUAUAAUUAGUAAAGUUGUGUGAAGGAUUCCGAUUUAACGAUUGGAUGCUUAUUGUCUUCUAUUAUUUCUAUAUACAUGUAUUUCAUCAUCAUCAAUGGCUUCAGCUCCUUGCAAGCCCUGAGCCUCCUCAAAUAUAUUCGAAGAACUUCAGUUCUUUUUGUAUCGAGGUCCUUGAUAACUCCAUCCCAUUAACGCAGCCUCGGUCUACCGGGUUUCCUCUUGCUAUCAAGUUGUGAGAUCUGUCAGGACCUUGGGUUACUGUCGUUCGCUAUUCGAUGCACAUGUCCCACCUGUUGCAAUAUGAAUUGGACGAUGUUGGCAGCGUCAAGGAUUUUAUAAAGUUUUUCCAGUUCCACUUUGUGGAACCAGCUGCCGACUGAAGUAUUUCCGAACCAAUUCGACUUAGGGUCCUUCAAGAAAAGAGCGUACUAAAAGCCGGCAACGCACUCGCGAGUCCUCUGGCAUUGAGAGUGUCCAUGGGCGGAGGUAUCACUUAACAUCAGGUAAGCCUCCUGCCCGUUUGCCCCCUGUUCUAUAAUAAAAAAAGCGAAUACGCCAGAUGUUUUAGAACAAUAACUGAGCCCUGCUGGCAGCAGACUUUUGUCUAGAUUCGUAUUGAUAUGUUCCAGCUGGUGAGGUUUAGUAGAACACUAUAAUCUCAGAAAUUGCUUUACCAGCAGGUUAAUAUUAUUAUACGAACUAAUUAAUUUAAGUACCGAGAGCCUACAUUGUUGUUUUUUUUUGUAUUCACAGCAAAAACUGGAAUAAAAUCCAUUUAUAAACUAGAAUACCAGUUACGACAAUAUUCAAGGCAAUAUAUGUUUAUAUAACAACUGCGUAUUUACAUUUAAUUAUGUCUUAAUAUGUAAAACUUAAUGUAUUUGUACUUAAUGUUAUUGAGUAAUAAAAUAUUGUGAAUAUUUA